AGCUCAAGCGUCCCACAUCGGGAUUUGAUCCAUUGCUGCUUUGUCCAAACGUCCGUCUUCCCAUAUGGCAGCGUUGGUGGAAGCCAUGAGCGAGUUGACCCUCAAGGAGCCAGUUCCAGUGGAAACCAUGAUGGUUGAAUUCAAGGUGGCUGGCUUGAAGAAUUUCCAGUUGGAGUUGGAGAAGGACGUGAAGGUCCGAGAUGUGAAGAAGAUGGCGCAGGAGGAAUGCAACAUUGAGCCGGAGCACAUGCGUCUGAUCUACAACAGCCGACAGCUCAAGGAUUGGGACACCUUGGAGAGCUACAAAGGUGAUUCGCCCAUCCAGGUCUUCUUCACUGCAGGCCACGUGGCCAUGUUGGGCGGUGUUGGUGGCACCGGUGGCGGUCCUCGUGGUGGUCACGGCGCCCAGCCUCAGAAGAACCCCUUCAGUGCCCCCGUGCGCGGCUUGCCCGGCUCCAAGGGCUUGCGCGCCAGUCGCGUCUCUGGGCGCCCAGGGGGCAUGGCGCUGAUUCGGAAGUAUGGCAUCAUGAUGAAGCGACAGGAGUUCCGUGAGAAGGCUGAGGAGAUCGGCUUUGUGAAGUACCGCUGAUCGGGGUCCCCGGGGCACGUCUCAUCGCUGCCUUCGCACGGCCCGGCCAGGGCAAACAGGCAAGUCCUUGGCCAAUGGCCCGGUAGAAUGGUCCUUGCUCUUGAUGGUUUGGUUGCUAGAUUAAUAUACAUACUAUUGUAUGUAUA